AAUAGAGGACUGUUUAAAUAGCUUCGAUUUAGACGUCUAAAUACUCAUCUGACAUAAAUUUUCCCUUCAAUCCACUUUGCACACUUGUAUAAACACAAUUUCUUUAAAAAUUUGCCAAGAUGCUCACCGCAGUGGGGAAAAGCGUAGACUUUAGUGUUUUGGAUCAUAACAGUUAUGUGGACUAUAUACACUCGUUUGCUACCGUUAACGAUCGGCGGUAUUUGAGUAAUCGGAAAACCAUUAAGACCAUUGUACAAUUGGGUUAUCGCACCACAAAGAUUCCAUAUACUGAACUGGAAUAUGAAAAACGUCGUGAUAUUGCCUUGCAGUCAAUUAGACCAAAAAUGGUGGGUUUAUCUAGUUUUGGUAGUUUUUUGCCUGCCGAAAAUCAAGAUCCUGUUCUCUUGGAGUUCAAACGACGAGAGUUGCCCAAUUUGAAUAAAUAUUUAUCGACAAUUAUUUUCACAUCUUAUGUCCACACGGAUGGUUCAGAGAUAUCCGGUUAUUUGGAUCUUGACAUGAGUUGGCGUAACGCUUUGCAGGAAGCCCUGAAGCAUACCGAUUGGAAAGGUGUCUUCGAGGGUCGCCAUCGUCUGAAACCGAUGUCCCAUCAUCUUAGCUAUUGGAAUCCACGUUAUGGCAUGCUGAAGUACACAGAAAGUGAUAAUUUUUUGAUUAUACAUGAUCAUCAAUAUGGUUUAAUGUUUAUGCAUAAGGGCGAUCACAAGAAAAUCUCACUGGGUGGACAACAUAAUCAAUAUUCAAAGAAUGCCAAACGCACAAUGGUCUAUUCACCCAAAUAUGGUUAUGUUGUCUUCUACGAUCACGUUGUACGCAAAAAGGUAUAGGACUCAAUUCUCAAUACCAAAAUUCACAAAUAAAACAAAAUCAAAAAGACAAAAACGA